AUGGCGCCUUCCCCUGCCGAGUCCAAACAAGAGCUCGACCUUCCAGAAUGGUCGGUUGACCCAGCAAAUGCGAGAAACUGGAGUCUGGGAAAGAAACUAUACAACACUGCCGUCCCGUCCUUGCUCUGUCUUCUUGUAUCCUUCGCUCUGGCCAUCUACUCGCCAUCCCAUGCUAAGGUCCAAAAAGAGUUCAACACCAACACCACUUUGUCCCUCCUCCCGUUCACCCUCUACGUCUAUGGACUCGCCUUUGGGCCCAUGGUCUCCGCCCCUCUGAGCGAGACCUACGGUCGACGAUUCAUCUAUGUCUUCAUCACUCCGGUAGCUCUGCUCUUCAUCUUGGGCGCCGGUUUUGCCAAGAAUCUGGCCACGCUCGCCGUCUGCCGGUUGCUGGCUGGAAUUCUCAUCUCUGCGCCUCUCGCCGUGGGCGCCGGAACUAUCAUGGAUAUCUGGACCGGCGUGUACACGAACCGCGGGGUGAUGCUGCUGAUGGCGAUCGCAUUCAUGGGACCCGCGCUGGGCUCGCUGGUCGGCGGCUGGAUCGCAGAGUACAAGAACUGGCCCUGGUCCCAGUGGACGUCACUGUUCCUCGGGGCUGGUAUCUGGUUCUUCUCGCUGGGUGCGCAGGAGACCUAUCCGGGCCCCAUUAUCCGGCGCAGAGCGAAGAAGCUGGGACUGCCUGUGCCACCGGCACCCAUCCCCAGUGGUCUUGCGGGACUUCGCUUCCUGGUGAUGGUGACACUGGCGCGGCCGGUCUACAUGCUGCUGACUGAACCUAUUGUUGCGCUCUGCUCGCUCUAUGCGUCGCUGAACUUCUCUGUGCUGUUCUGCUUUUUGGCCUCGAUUCCGCUAAUUUACAGCACCAUUUAUGACUUCUCACCGGGCCAGUGUGGGCUGGUCUUUAUUGGGAUCCCGGUUGGCUGCGUGGUUGGCACCAUCGCCCUGAUUCUCAUCGACUCGUACACCUUGACCAAGCAUCGUGCCCGAAACUUGGAUGUGCCUCCGCCUCCGGAGCGCCUGCUCUGGGGAGCGAUGGUGGGCAGUCCCCUGAUGCCGGCAUCGUUAUUCUGGUUUGCCUGGACCGCUCGGCCGGGGGUGCAUUGGAUGAGCAGCAUCACAGCGACGGGAUUGUUUGCUUGUUCCAACAUUCUCAUCUUUGUGUCGACGGCGUUGUACCUCACCAACGUCUACGGAGCCAAAUACGGGGCCUCAGCGCUGGCAGCCAACGGUCUGCUGCGCUAUUCAGUUGGAGGGUCUUUUCCCCUGUUCACGAUUGCUAUGUACAAUAAUCUCGGGUACAGCUGGGCCUCUAGUCUCCUGGCCUUUCUGGCUGUUGCAUUCGUGCCCCUGCCAUGGAUUUUCUACCGGUUUGGAACCAGAAUUCGUCAGUCAAGUGCUUAUACCUAG